AUGGGCGCCUCAUUGGGCGCUUACAAAUACACCUACAGAUCAAAAUGGACCAUGUGUACUCUACCCUGGCAACCCGACUUCCUGUCCCGAACUAAAUAUGUACCCUAUAACAGCACAUCACCAGCACAACCCACCAAUGACCCCAGCACUUGUCAUUGUACCGGUUGUCACGCCCCACCUGGUGCGGAUUACCUUUGUAUCGAGCCCGAUACACUGACCAGCCAGGCACAAAUGUGCAGACUCAAGUACUCCAAAGUAACUGGUCAGCAACGCACCGCAGGUGACCCAAGACUUACAAACUGCUCGCGUAUCACCUGCAAACCCUACCCGGUGACCCCAGCAAGUACAAACUUACCGGUUGUCACGCCCCACCUGGUGCGGAUUACAUUCUGACUAGUCAUGCACCACUGUGCAACUCGAGUACUUCAAGACUAAUCAGCAACGCAUCACAGGUAUCCCCCAACUGUACAACAACUGUUUACUUCAUUUCAAAUAAACCCGGUGACCCUAGCUGAUAAUUGUGCUAUUAGAUCACACUCCAUCUGUGCGAAUUACCUACGUAUCAUUGACGCAAUCUGACUAGUGCCAACGAUACACUGACCAGACUUGCGUGUAAACUCGAGUACUUUUACAUUUGUCUGGUCAGCAACACACCGGAGACGCUUCAUUAUAAACCGUGCCAAAUUAGCACAGAAGAAGCAUCCCCAAACCCCACCAGACGUCCCAAGUGCUUUCGCACUAGAGGGACAUCUCAUAAUUCUCCACUAGAUGACCCAAGUGCCGAAACACUAGUGUGUCACCUACUAAUUCCACUUCCCAACAAAAUCUUCAACCCUGAAACUCCCUUGAUUUGUCACCCUAUUUCUGCAACCACAUCCAUUAUGUAUCCUUGUUUAUUUUUAUCUUUUCCAUUUUCCUCUUCAAUUCUCCACCAUCAAAUAUUUAUAAAUUGAUUUGGCUAAUGUUAAGCCUUUUUCUUUUGAUUAUUAUCACUUGUGUGUCAUCAUAGUUUUCAUUCCUUUCCUUCUUCUUAUGCUUCCUCUUUUUCUUCUACCAAUUUCUGCCUCAAUCCUCUUAAUUGAGAAGAUAUAUUAACAGCCAACCUGAUUCCCUUGAUGUAACUUCAUUAUUUUAUUCAACUCCCAUG